AUGGUGGAGGUUAUUUUUGACCAGAAGCUCAGUUCAACUGGCCACAUAACUUCUGCUUAUAAUAAACCUCACAUAGGAGACCGUAAAGAAGAGGUACAGGAACAAAGGGUUCUGGACGCCUAUCUUCUCAAAAAUACUCACAGUACGGCAAGCUAUGUAAGUCCAGUUCAUUCCAAUGUGAGUACUGUGGACAGCUACAGUUCACUCUGCGAUGAGCCAAUGUAUCAGCUAUUGGAAAAGACCAGUGAAGAUGACUAUGACACUGAUGUGGAGCUUGAUGGAAAACCUGGAGAAACUGUAACAGCGGAGCAGGUCUAUCGUAGGGCAUGUGAGGAAAUUGGAGUCAGCCCAAUAUCUUACUACAUCCGUCACCAUCACGAUGCUCACCUUAACCUGAACUAUCGCUGCAUGUCACCCAAAGCAGUGAAAGCCUUGUCAGUUGCACUCGUGACUAAUACAGCAGUGACUACAUUGGACUUGGAGCAUGACGGAAUCAAUGCAGAGGGAGUGCAAUAUCUGAUGGAAAUGUUAGUCGAAAAUUGUUUCAUCCAGACUCUGAGGGAUGGACCAAAACUUGACCUGGAGCCAUCGGUAAAGGAUUUGAGUCUUCGUGAGAUCGAGGUUAAGAUCAAUUCUUCCAUGAAGGCAUUAAACUGUGCCAAUGACAGCAUUCUUGAGACCAGCAGAGAUUGCUUCUUAGUCCAAGGUUUUCAGGAACAGUUGAUGGAGAUGACAGGAAUUUGGAUCCUUGGUGGCAAUGAAGGAACCCUGGGUGUCAUGCUUGUCAGCGAGGAGCUGAUGAUGCUGUUUUGCCAGACAUGGAGGACUUUCUUCUUCUUGUCAAUGAGAUCUUGGAUGAUGCGAUCAUUCUUGUUGAAACAACCUUGGUGGUUUCUGGACCUUUUCAGGCCAUCUGGUCCAGCGGCGCUGUUCUCGUCUAUCACCUUGAUGGCCGCUUCGACUUCCUCUACCUCAAUGGGUUUCAUCAAGGACCCGUCAUCGACUUUGCCUGUGUAUGGGGCAUACUUAUCGAUGUUCGAUUUCUUGUUUGGUGCAGACAGUUUCUCACGGAAACAUGCCUCCAAUUCCUCUUUUGAAAGAGGACAAGCGGAUGAGGUCGGCGCCCCCAUGAUCCUGCGAGCUAGGAUCGAAGCCGGUGUUUUUCGGCUGGCUCUUUGGCGUUGGGCUUGGUCAUCGGAAUUCUCCUGGACACUCUCUGCCUCAGAAUCGUGCGAGUCUACCGUUGGCUCGCAGAUGAACUUGUCCAACAAUGAAUUACGAACAUGGGGAGUAGAAGUGUUGUGUAAAAUGCUUCCAUUGAACAUUUCACUUAAGUGCAUCAAACUCUCGGGAAACAAGUUGAAAUGCAAUGAUGCUUCAUAUUUUGCAGAGACUUUAUCUUCUAAUUUCAGAAUUUCAGAGCUGGAUCUCAGUUACAAUCAGUUUGGAGACAAAGGAGCAGAGUUCCUGGGACAAAUGCUAGCAACCAAUGAAAGUUUGGAAAUACUGAACUUGCAAUGGAACCAGAUUCAAACAGAGGGCGCAGUUGCUUUGAGUGCAGGACUACGGAUGAAUAUCACGCUGAAGGUCCUCGAUCUGUCCUAUAAUGGCUUUGGAAAUGAAGGAGUACUUGCCAUGGGAGAGACAUUGAAAUUCAAUAAUACCUUGGUCGAGCUAAACCUUGGCACUAACCACAUCAACAAUGAGGGCAUCAACAUGCUGUGUAAAGGGCUGGACUUCAAUGAAAAUAUUAAGAUCUUGUGUCUGUCCAACAAUCCUGUAACAGUGGAUGGUGCCAUUCGUCUUUUAGAAGUUGUGCGGAAGAAUGACAAGUCAAACUUGGAAAAUAUCAACAUCAAUAAUGUACUAGUAAAUGAAAAUUUCAUGGAGCUGCUAAAGAGCGUUACUCAUGAUCAUCCACAGUUUGUGAUUGAAACUAGAGGAGUUGGAGGAUCUAUUGUUGGAAGCCAAAAAUCUCGACCUGAUCCAAUGAAAGUGAUCCAGGAUUACCUAGAUAAGCACAAACUCCGACUCUCCGAUUUCUUCAGAAACAUGGACAAAGCUGGAAACAUGAAUGUGCCUGUCUCCGAUUUCAAGAAAGCUUUACAGCAAUUCAACAUUCCAUUGGAUCUUGUUCAGGUUGAAGAACUACUCAGCAAACUUGACAGAGGCAAUACUGGAUCAAUUGACUACAGGAAUCUGGUUGACACCAGGAAGCGGAUGAUCCGGCACCAAAGGGAACAACUCCAUAAAGAGGAAACCCGCCAGAGGAAAGAGAAACAAAAGUCCCAGUGGGUACUGAAAACAUUGAACAGUGCAAUGAAGGCCAUCACUCCGCGAAGUUCAAUUGUCAUUGUACCUGGUCAGAUUAAGUUGCCAGCCAUCCAACCACUCAAGUCCUUCAGUUCCCAACAGUUAUCUGGCACAUCGUUGAGCUCGUGGCAUCAUGUAGAAAUGUCAAACAGCAGUCAGUACUCAGUACCAAUUCUGAAUAACAUACAGCUGCACCGCCCAGUUAGCCAUUUGGUCUCUGCUGCCAAGUUGGGCUCUUCUGUUAAGGUAAACUCAGUCUCACAGCCUGACCUGCUGCUUAAAUCACCUGUCACACCCCAGACCUUUGAUCUGGAAUCGGACCCUGUUACAAAGUCUAGUCCACCUACUUCAUUCUUGACAGCACAAGCUGUAAUAUCUGGCCAUAAGACGAGAGAGCUGAAGACUAAAAUGUAG